AUGAAAACUGCGGAUAGAACCGACCGCCGGCGACGACUCGGGGUAGUGGCGACGUGGGACGAUUUGUGGCGCUAUAAAACUUGUGCAACGUUCGGCAUCGUCGAUAGAAGACGUGGUCCCAAUGGGGACUUGAAACGAGGUUAUAUCCGAAAUCAAGAUUACAAGGCAUGUCUGGACGACGGUCAAUUGGGCAAUCUCAGGACCCAGGAAGGAUACCUUCCUCUGCAACCAAGUGCCCUUGACUGUUUGGACAAUAUAUGUCUGGCUGGAGUAGACACUGCUCAAAGUACUAUUAGCCAAGCCGGUUAUCCUAGUGAGAGCGGGAGGAAUGGGCAAAGUCAGAGCAGCGGGAGGCCAAGCAGUAGUAGUCGGAAUGUUGUUGGUCGGGGUGCUGUUCGCCCGGCACGCGGGGGUGCCAGUUUUGGUUCUCUCAUCAUACCUCCGCGGGCUCCCGAAGGAGUUUUGGUUCGGAGCGUGCUGCGAGCGGAGGAGGUAAGCUUUGAGCUGGCUUUAUUGAGUCUGGAAGAGCUUAAGGCCUCCAAGUCUGUUUUGAAGCGACGCAGGGAAGAAAAAAGUCAGGCCGACGCGGCAGAAGAAUUGCCGCACACACGUGUGUUCGACCCUGUAUCUCGGCCGUUGUCGGCUGAGCUCUUUUCGCCCACUGUAUCAAAACAUGGCGCAGUAGUCGGCGGUGCAACCGGGCCGGGGACAAGUAGGGUGAGCGCCGUCAAGUUGAUUACGAAUCGGUUGGCUGCAGUGGCCACGGUUGACAAGCAUCUGUCGUUGGUAGAUCUGGAGACAUGGUGCCCAAUAUUCUCUUGUAAACUCUCAAUGGAGGUGUUCUGUCUGGAGGUCGGGUCGCACUCGAAUGUAUGGUUGGGCUUACAUGCUGGAGUGGGCAGCUUCGACAUGCGCUGUAGUGAACUGAAAGGUAUCUGCUCGCCACUGAAAGAGCCGGUGCAUCACGACGUCAUAUCCAUCAGUCACGACACCCUUAACUGCAUAUUCACCGGCGGCUCGGAAGGCAAACUUGGCAUCUGGGACUUUCGGUCGUCAAACAUUACUCGCCAAGCCAUCCAGGUGUCCAACAUCCCAAUCGCCAGUUUAGGCUACGACUGUCGGGCAGGCGAGUGUCUGUCAGGCGAAGGAGACAGCGCUUCUUGCGCUGAAGCGCAAGCCAGUACGGCCUCAUUGAUGGUGAAGAGCGACUGCAUCACCCGGUUCAAACAGUCACGAGGGGCAUGGAGGCGCCACGAGACCUUCACCUCCGUGCUCUGUCGUCGAGAAAGCGGCUCUCAGUCCGCGUUCCUCCCUCGCCAACGCGCCUGGGUCACCACUUCGGACCGGGGCCUAACCAUCGUCGACACACUUACUGCCCGACCCAUCACGUGGCGCUGGGAAGUCUCACAAGCAGCCAACGUCUACUACGCCCCAAGUCUAGACGUACUGCUUGCCCACGUCCCGGCCUCCAAGUAUUUUUCCAUCAUCCACCCCAAAGGCUGA